AUGGAUGUAUCCGCUUUCUUUAUCCACAGACGCAAUGUCGACCACGUCAUCGAUCGGCUCAUCGAGAUCCUCAUCGAUCGGCUCAUCGAGAUCCGCCGUGACUAUCCUCUGAGGGGAAGGCGGCCUCGGAGUCGUCUCGUUUCCGAUGAGGAAGAGGAGGAGGAGGUGGUGGAUCACGGAAGGGAUGAUACAGUAUCGGAAGUGGAAGAAGUGGAUCAUUGCCGGAAACAUGGAGUGAGUGCGGCUAAGUCUUUUGAUAAGAAGACGGAGGCGUCGAUGAGUUCCCGCAUUUCCAGCUCGAUGUCUAACGUGGCUUUGCGUAAUGAGUGGUUCGAGGAGGAUGCUAAGUUUGAUCAGGCGGUGAGGGAAAGAGUUCAGAAUUGCUCCGCUUCGUCGCUUGAGAACCUUAACUUUAUUCCUUCGGGUCUUCCUCCUCUUGAAACGUCUGGGAGAGGUAGAGAGUAAAACUUUCAGUCAUGGAUGUUCCACUACAAGGUUGGCUACCUAUGGUCGGCUAAUGACUCCAAGGUCUCCUGGUGGCAAUAUUGUUGGGGAUUCUGAUGAUGAAGGGACAGAAGCUGCAGAUGAGGAUGAGAUUAUUUUUUCCAGCAAGAAUAUU